AUGACGUUGAAAGAUGGACAAGUCCACAGUCUUUCAUCGAAAAUCGUCAACCUUCUCGGCGUUCCUGCAGCAAUAUUGGAUAAUGUCAUAUUCUGCCAUCAGGAGGAUUCCAAUUGGCCCCUCAGCGAACCGAAGGAGUUGAAGUUGAGAUUUGAUCGGAUUUUUCGUUUGACCAGAUUUGUCAAGGCGAUGGAGGUCAUGAAAAAGAUGAAAAAGGAUUACGAGGGUCAACUAGCAACGCUUUUAGAAAAGCAGUCGUGCAAGGAAAUGUAUGUGCAUCAACGCGAUUCAUGCAAUGCUCUGCGGAAGGAGUCGAAAGAAAAAAUUCGUGAUUUGGAUGCAAAAAUAAAGGUUUGCGCUGAAAUCAUAGAGAAAUCCAAUCAAAAACUACUAGAAAUAGAAGAUUUGGAGAGGAAAGCAGAAAUUAAGCAAGCAGAAUUGCGCAUGUUGAAUGAGCAGCUCAAUACGAUCAAAGUUGCUCCUUAUCCCGGUACUGAAAAGGAGUUGCGUGCGGAGAUACACGAGAUGCAAAAUGAUAUUCAAAAUGAUGUUCAUAAGAUCGAGCGUCAGCUAUCUGUCGCUUAUGGAUUCCGCGGUCCUGACUAUCUCGGUGAGCUUGAAGGUAAAAUCGCCUUGGAAGAGAAGGAAAUACAAAAUUUGAGG